GAGCGGAGGCAUCGCAGAGGCGCGACCGGUGACCCCCAGACGCAGCAGCCAUGGGGGGGUAUACAGGCCAGACCAACUUGACCGUCGGCCAAGGAGUCCGCAUGAUGUUCUACGUCUUGUACCCCAAUGAGACCUCCUUUAAGACCGUGGACGAAGUGCCAGAUUACGUGGACAAGGCCACGGCAUACUUCAUCGUGAUGCUUAUACUGGAGAUGAUCCUCAGCUCAGUGUGGAAGGGUCGACCCCUCCGAAUUAAUGACGGACUGACGUCCCUUUCCGCGGGAGUUAUGUCUCGCCUGCCAGAUGUUGCAUUCAGAAGCAUGGAGGUGACCACUUACAUCUACAUAUGGAAUAACUACAGAAAAAUUGAGCUUCCAUGGGACUCUACUUGGACGUGGUGGUUGACGUUCCUGGGCGUAGACUUUUGCUAUUACUGGUUCCAUCGGAUGGCACACGAGGUGAACAUCAUCUGGGCUGGCCAUCAGACUCAUCACAGCUCAGAGCACUACAACCUUACUACAGCUCUGCGACAGUCCUUCCUUCAGAAAUACUUUUCCUGGAUGUUCUAUUGGCCAAUGGCAUUAUUCAUCCCUCCGUCAGUGUUUGCUGUCCAUCUUCAGUUUAAUCUCCUCUACCAAUUCUGGAUACACACCGAGCUAAUAAACAACCUUGGUCCAUUGGAACUGGUCCUCAACACACCAAGCCACCAUAGAGUCCAUCACGGCAGAAAUCCCUAUUGCAUUGAUUCAAACUAUGGCGGGACACUCAUCAUAUGGGACAGGAUGUUCGGGACUUUCGUGGCGGAGAAGGACAAAGUGGUGUAUGGCCUGACCCAUCCCAUAAACACAUUUGAGCCGUUUUUGGUGCAGCUGCAGCACCUCAUCUACAUUUGGAAGACGUUCUGGAGCACUCCAGGCUUCUUCGACAAACUCUCUGUGAUAUUUAAAGGUCCAGGAUGGGGACCUGGAAAACCUCGUCUCGGCCUUCCUGAGGAACUUCCAGAGGUUACUGGAAAUGAAAAACCUUAUAGCCCCAAACUAUCCAAAGCUUUACAAAUCUACUCAUCCAUACACUUUAUUCUCCUUCUUGCGAUCUAUCAACACAUGUUUGAAGCUAAACAGAUGUUAUCAGCGAUAACGAUCCUGGUGAGGAUUCUCUACGUACUCUUCAUGUUAACCUCUCUGGGAUUCCUGCUGGAGAACAGACCAUCAGCAGCCCCACUUGAAAUGGUCCGCUGUUUUGCCUUUCUGGUGCUUCAGAAAUACGGCUUCCUAACAACAGACAUUCCUUCCCUGACAAGUAUUUGUGAGGUGAUAUUUUCCAUCUGCGUGGCUUCGUGGGGGUUGCAAGCCAUCAGCCAAAGAAUGUUCAGGAUGAAAAAAGAGGGAUAAGGCUUCAUUCAGUGUCAAUGCGAUAUGAGACUGCUACUCUGUCCU